AUGGGCAGCGACGACGCAUACUUGCUUACGGCAACCCAAGCUCUCGCCAGGAUUCGCGCUGGCGAGCUGACGAUUGAGGGUUAUGCACGCUCACUGCUUCGGCGCAUAGAUGUCCGUGAUGCCGACGUCGGAGCCUGGGCGUAUCUCGAUAGGGAUUACGUCCUCCAGCAGGCGAGGGCUCUGGAUAAAGUGCCGAUGCAAGACAGAGGCCCUCUUCAUGGAAUGCCGGUUGCCGUCAAGGAUGUCAUUUACACAAAGGAUAUGCCGACAGCUCACAACUCGCCCAUUUACAAGGGCGACUUUCCGAAGCUCGACGCGGCAUCCAUUAUCCUCCUCCGCCACGCCGGCGUGUUGUUUCUCGGCAAAACUACAACGGCCGAGUUCGCCGCCUCGUAUACCGGACCGGCCUCGACACGCAACCCGCACAACCCGUCCCGCACCCCAGGCGGCUCCUCUUCCGGCUCCGGAGCCGCCGUUGGAGACUUGCAAGCCCCGGUCGCGCUCGGCACCCAGACCGGCGGGUCCACCAUCCGCCCUGGCUCUUUCAAUGGCGUUUAUUCAAUCAAGCCCACUUGGAACGCCGUUUCCCGCGAGGGUCUGAAGAUUUCCUCGCUGAUGUUGGACACCAUUGGCAUUUUCGCCCGCGGCGUCGAUGACCUAGACCUCGUCGCCGAUGCGUUCGCGCUGCAUGACGACGAGCCCAGUGACUUUGACGGCAUCAAAGGCGCGCGCUUUGCUCUAUGCAAGACGGUUGUCUGGCCAAUCGCAGGAGAAGGCACUCGCAAUGCGAUUGCCCGCGCUGUCGACAUCCUUCGUGCUCAUGGCGCCGAGGUAGAAGAGGUCGAUCUGCCGACUGAGUUUGACAAUCUGCCUCGUUGGCACAACGUCGUCCUCCAGACCGAAGGGGAGACCUUUUUCCUUCCCGAGCACCGCACUGCCAAGGACCAACUUUCGCCGCAGCUGGUCGGUUAUGUAGAGCGAAAGGCUGGCUACGACCGCCGUGAGCAGCUCAAGGCCUUUGAUGGCAUCGCUGCGUUGCGGCCCAAGAUUGAUGAGAUUGCCGGCAAAUACACUGCUAUUUUGACCCCUAGCGUCGUCGACGAAGCUCCCGAAGGGCUCGAGUGGACGGGCGACUCGGCGUUUUGCUCCGGCUGGUCCGCGUUGCAUACCCCGGUGAUCAACAUUCCGGGUUUUCAAGGACACUCUGGCAUGCCGAUAGGCGUCUCGCUUGUGGCCGCGAGAUAUCGUGACCGCCAUCUUCUCAAGGUGGCGAAGGAAGUGGGUAAGCUUUUCGAGGCAGAAGGCGGAUGGAAGCGAAACCUGUAUUAA